UCUCAAUUCCUAGCAAGAAGCGAGCAGUGUUUGUUAGUAACCCCUCUCACUCGAGUAUAUUCCGCGCAAAUCGUAUACUACUAGUUGAUCCGGCGAAAACAUGAUGAAGGUGGUUGCAGUGGUAAGUCUUGUUCUGGUGCUAGUCUUGGUGGCAAGGCCAGGUGAAGCAAUCACCUGUGAACAAGUUACCCAUGAACUUGAGCCUUGCGUGCCGUAUCUCACCCAAGGAGGCACUCCAUCAAGUUCAUGCUGUAGUGGAGUGAAAAACUUGGGGAGCAUCCCUACCCAACAAGAUAGGCGAACUGCAUGCAACUGCGUCAAGUCUGCCGCCGGCCACUUCCCAAAUCUGAAGCCGGAUGCUGCCACAAGCCUUCCUGGACGCUGUGGUGUCUCCUUGCCUUUCCCCAUCUCUUCUAGUACUAACUGCAACAGCAUUCCUUGAGAUGGAUACUGCGAGAGAUAUGAUGGAUCAUAAAUAAUUGGAAGGAUGCUUGGGCUGGAGUCAUCACCGUAGCAUACGUUUAGACCUUACUGAUUACCACUGCGGUUAUGUGAAAGUUCCAAGUAUACCAUCCACUCAUAGAUUUGCUAGAUCAACUCAUGUUGUGCUUAUUUUGGGUUUUGUUCCCUUCAAUAAAACAUACUAUUUGAGAGAAAUAUUAUUGUCUC